AUGUCGAAGGAAAACAAUAAUUUGAGAUUGCUGGGCUCGCCUGUCAACCUGUCUUAUAGAAAUAAGAAGAGAGAGGAUAAGAGAAAUAACAGAAAUCGACCAAGAUCCGCACUGCAAAACUCCUGCGUUCCGGACAAUCAAGAGAAAUUUAAGAGGCCAUUUUCGGCUGAUACAAAAGAUAGAGCACCGAGUACCAGAUCUUUCUUCAAGACUUUUAGUGCAGAGCUUCUCCAAUCAUAUAACAAUUCUCCACUGACUGUUAAAGUUUUGCCACCUACAGAACAGCUACUGGGUAGUUCCAAGGUUUAUAAUAACCAUUCAAACAAAGCAAAAGAAAUUUGCAACACCUCAGACAUAGGCUCUGAAGACACAUUUAUUAGCUUGGGGACUAAAAUAAAAGCUAAAGCUCAGUCCGGAUCAAAGAACAGGAAUCCAAAUCCAAGAAAUGCUUUAAAGUAUAGAAAUAUACCUAAAAAGAAUAAGCGAUUGGUAGAUAAUAUGUCAAAUGAUUAUAAUAAGGACAAUUACGGUAUAGAAAUUGCUAUAACAGAGCGACCAAGAUCUACCUCCCCGACAAGAAACCGUGAUAUAUUCCAAAGAAGGUCAUUUUCUCCCCCCUUAAAAAAUAGACAAUAUGAGUCAUACUUCCUGACACUCGAUGACGCAAACAACGAAUCUCAUAAUAAUUGUGGUUUAUUAAAUGAACAAACUCUCUCAAAUGAACAAAUGUUUUCUCGUCGCUUAAUGCAAACUAAACAACAGCUAUCAUUAGUAGAGGAAGAAUCGACGCAGGAUUUAGACAGCAACGUCUCGCAAAAUUUGCUUAGUCUAGCAUCUGAUUCGCGGACCAUUAAGGAGAAUAACGUAAAUGUUAAUUUUACAACAAACUAUUUAAAUAACAGUGAUAAAGACUAUAAUGUUGAUUACGGAAACGGUCCGCAAACAUAUCGAGCGUUCUACAACGACUUUAAUAUAAUGGACAAAUCGAAAAUGUCAAGUACAACUGUUGUUCAAACAGAUACGUCGUCUAAAGACUCUGGUUACCCAGAAAGCACAAAUAAAGACGAUAAACUGUAUUUACAAAAUUAUUCUCUACCGUCAACCUCUUUUCAACGAAAUGUUCACGAACUUGACAACGAUCAACCGAAAAGUUUGGACAGCACAUCCACCAAUAAAGAUUUCCCUGGAAAAUGGGCUGAACCUUUGAAUCACAGCAGAUUACUAUAUAAAGAUUUCUUUCUGAAGAAAGAAGGACAUUUAGCGCUGCCUCCACAAAAUACACCGAAGAAUGACGCAUCCACUACCAGCAUUGAUUCUUCAAGCUCCAAAGUGGAGGAUGAAAAUAGUAAUCUCGAAUAUCCAUCAUACCUUCUAAACAGCUCUACAAAAGCGUAUACAUCGAAAGUUAUUGAAGAUUAUAAAAAAGAAAUCACUGCUAUAAAUACUUUGCACGAAUUGACUUUAAAAGAUAUUAAAACCGAUGGCACUUCGCCUAUACCACUGAAUAUUAUUGAAAUGUUUGAACCAUAUUCUAGUGCGCCUGAUACUCGUGAAAAUUCCACUUCAAAUAGCGAAUCCCAGGCAAAAGACAAAAAUUCCUAUGAUGGAAACAAGAAUGACAUAUCCAAAGUCACUACAAAAGAAUUAAUACAGAAUUAUCUCAAAGUCAAAAGUGAUUAUAAACCAGAUAAUGCAGCGAAGAAUACAAAAAAGUUUGAUAAGAAAUUCAACAAUAUCCAGUCUAAGAACGAAGAAAACUCCGGAUACAAGAAAUUCUGGAAUAACAGAAACGCCAAGAACACGGAGAAAAAUGAGCCUGUUAAUCAGAGAAAUGUGUUUACCAUGAGAACGCCACUAAGUGCAAGAAUUGAGAGCGUUCAGACCGACAAAGAUAUAGAAUCUUGGAUGUCUUUAUCUGCCCCCUCUCCAAGAAUUCUCGAACUAGACAAAGAACCAGCCGAUAUACCAAGUCCCUCUGAAACUACUAGAGAAAUUAACCAAGAUGACUUAAGUCCCAAAAAAGAUAGAGAACCAGAGAAAGUUGGUUCUGAAUUGAAAGAAGCUCCAAGCGCUACUACAGAAAUACAGAAGUCAAAAGAAUUGACUGCUAAUUCCACAGUAUUAGACAUUUAUUCAAUGUUAAAAGAAAUAGAGAGUUAUGGUGAUAAUCCGGUGACUUCUGUAGCUGAAACGAAAACACAAUCGGAGGUUAAAGAAGAUGGGAGUGCUACGCCAAAAGAUAAUUUUAUGGAAAUAUUUCAAUUUCUAGAAAAAGUUGAACAGAGCGCUAACGACGCACUUUCUGUUGUAACGAGCACAACGCCUCAAACUAUUCCGAAAUUAGAAAGUCUGCUUAAGUUACCUCAAACUGAAUUGGCCCAGCGUUUAGUAACUGCUUCACUGCAGUUGGAGGAGAGGUCUUGUUGUAUAGUUCUAUUGCAAGAGAGUCUUGCUAAUCAUAAGGAACAGAUGAUAAGUAAAAUAAGUAAUCUUGAAAAGCAGUCGCACCGUAACAUAGCAAAAGUGAAACAAGAAUGCGAAGAAACAAUCAAAAGACAUCAGAGUUUUAUUGAUCAGUUAAUAAACGAUAAGAAAACGCUGAACCAUCGUAUAGAAGAACUAGUGGACGAGCGAAGGUCCCUAGAGGAAAGAUGGAAACGAUCUGCGCAAGCGCUUGAAGAAAGAUACAAGCUGGAGCUGAGAAAUCAACACGACAAAAUGGCUGCGGCCCAACAAGUUGCUAGACAACGAUGGGUACGACAGAAAGCAGAAAAAAUCAAGGAGUUGACAGUGAAAGGUCUCGAAGGUGAACUUCGCGAAAUGGCUGAGAGACAACAAAAGGAGGUUUCAGAUUUGAAGAUGUUUCACGCAGAGCAGAUCGGGAAAUUGAACGCGCAACGUGCGAGCGAGGUAGAAGAGCUGCGGCGCACGCUGGAGAAAGAGAAGGAAGAAGCGUUGAUCAAAGAGAGGCAGUUGGCUAGUUCUAGAUUGGAAAAGCAAAUACUAGAACUGGAAGUGACCUACCAAGAGCAGCGGACGCGUUUAGUCGCCGAACUGCGAGCUGAGAACGAACGCGUUGCGAACGAAUUGAACGAGCGAGACAGACUGCAGAGAGAAGAGUAUGAAAAAUGGCGCGAAGAACAAGAACGCUUAUUGGGAGAGAAAAGACAGAAUAUUGAACGCGAGAUAAUGAGAGAAAAAGAAAAAUUGGAGGAGCAAAUCAACGAAAAACGCCUCCAACUCGAAGCGGAAUUCGAAGUAUACAAACGCGAGUACGAAGCGGAUCAACAGGUGCUGUUCAAGAAGAAAGUGACGGAGCUAUCUGCGCAGCACAAGUUGGAUAGAGAUAGGGAGAUUGAAAAGGCUAUAGAGAGCUUGGAAGCUGAAGCCCAAGCGGGCAGGAAGGAGUUACAAGACGCUUUAAGGAGAAACAAAGAACACUACGAGACAGAAUUGAAGGAGCUAGCCGAGACGGAGCAGGCAACACUGAAGCGCUAUCAAGAUGCCCAAGCGAGGAUACGCCAGCAAGAAGACAGAUGUGCUGAACUCGAAGUGAAUAUAAGUCAACUGGAAACUAGGAACAGGGUGCUGACUGAGAAAAAUAUUCAACUAGAAGGACGUGCGGAAGAAAUUAAAUCCAGUUGCGAAGAAGCGUGGCGGAGCAAAGUGGAGACGCUGCAAAAGGAGAUAGAGGAGAUGAAGAAGACACACGAGGAGCAGAUGCAUCAGCUGUAUGCCAAAGUAAAAGUAGCCGUCGCGCGCAAGGACUCUGCAAUACAGGCGUUGACUCGCGAGAGUGCUAAAUACCAAGAGAAAGUCACUCUUCUGGAACAGAAGCUGCAGCAGCAGAGGAAAGACUUUCUUAAAUCUAAAUGA